AUGGACUUCCAAGGCACGAAACGGGGCCAGGCACAUCGAAUCAACCGGAAGCCUGUAAAAGUGAAACACCUUGCAAAGCUCCAGAAACAUGACCCUGGAUACUUCGCUCCCCCUCCCAGAGGGCGUGUCCAGCCGCCUCGUCUCAACCCCCGAUCUCACCUUCCACAUUCUGGAAGCCGGAGGAACACCUGCACGCGAUCGCCCUUGGUCGUACUCCUGCACGGCUUUCCAGAACUCGCAUACUCCUGGCGGCGCGUUCUGCCCCAAUUAGCCGCGGCAGGCUUCUACGCUGUCGCCCCCGACCAGCGAGGCUUCGGCCGUACAACAGGCUGGGAUACCCGCGGCUACGAUGAAGUUGACCUCUCCAGCUUCUCGCUAACCACUCUCGCGCGCGAUAUCGUGGUGCUCGUCCAUGCGCUCGGCUACCGGUCUGUCGCCUGUGUAGCCGGGCACGACGCGGGCGCCAUAACAGCCUCGACCUGCGCGCUCGCGCGGCCGGAUUUCUUUCGUAGCGUGGUGCUGAUGAGCCAUCCGUUCAACGGGAGCCCGACGCUGCCCUUCAAUACGGCCAGCGGGGAGAGUCCGGAAGAGCAGGCGGCGGCGGCUCGGGGUGGUGGCGGCGGGGCCGAGGGCUCGGCGGCUGCGUCGGGGAUCCAUCAGGCGCUGGCGGAGCGUGGGCGCAAGCACUACAAGUGGUAUUACUCUACGCCGCCUGCUGCGAAAGAUAUGUGUCCGCCCUCGCUUGCAGAUCUGCAUCAGUUCUUGCGGGGGUAUUUCCACCUCAAAAGUGGAUCGUGGCCGGGGAAUCAGCCGCGAGUGCUGAAGGGGUGGACGGCUGACGAGAUUGUGCAAAUGCCAUAUUACUAUAUCAUGCCGCUGGAGGAUACAAUGCCCCAAGCGGUAGCGAGACACAUGGCCGAUGAGCCGUCGAAAGGGACGAGCUCCCAUUCGUGGCUGCCAGACGAGGAACUCGCGGUCUACGCAAAUGAAUACUUCCGAACGGGUUUCCAAGGGGGACUCAAUUGGUAUCGUGUACGCACGGCUGCGGGUGGGCGGUAUACGAAAGAUUAUGAUCUCUUUGCGGGCAAGAAGAUCGAGCCGCCAUGUGCGUUUCUAGGAGGUAAAGCGGACUGGGGCACCUACCAGGAGCCUGGUGCGCUACAGAAGAUGACUGACGGGGUCGUGUGCUCUGAUUUCCGGAAGCUUCAACUACUGGAUGGAGUUGGGCAUUGGAUUCCCCAAGAGGCUCCGGAUGUAGUUGCGCAGACGAUUGCUGAGCUGGCCAAUAGCUUGAACGCGUAG